UAGUUUAAUAAGAAUCCAAUUGGGAUACUAAAUCCAAAACCCCAGCAAUUUUUCGAAAUUCAAAACCCGCCAAAGAACCACUUUUUCUUUUUCUCCCUUUUGCCUCACCUUGUUCUUCCCGAAGUUCCAAGGUUCUUGUUCCUAACAUGUCUACUUCUGUUAGUCAAGAAUCUGAGUCAGCGCCGCCACAGAUCUACUCCCGAAAAGACAAGUCUCUCGGAUUGCUUUGCUCCAACUUCUUGAAGUUGUACAAUCGCGAAGGAAGUGAGAUGAUUGAACUCGACGAUGCUGCUGCCCGACUAGGUGUUCAGCGUCGCCGCAUGUAUGAUGUAGUCAACAUUUUGGAGAGCGUUGGGAUUGUAGCAAGAAAAGCUAGGAACAUAUAUUCAUGGAAAGGUUUCAAAGAGAUUCCUCGGGCUUUAGAAGAGCUCAAGGAGGAGGUUCAGAGAGAAAAUUUAGAUGCAGCAUACUAUCCACAUAUCCACUCAAAGAAUGCGACAGAGGCUUUGAAUAACAAAGAAAAUGGUGGGUCUGAAAUUGAUACCAAGAACAAUCCCUUGGCAUCAUUUCAAACUGAUUGCAGAAGAGACAAAUCGCUUGCAUUUCUGACACAGAAUUUUAUAAAGCUUUUCCUUUUUUCAGAUGUGGAGUUAGUUUUGCUUGAAGAUGCUGCAACAAAAAUGCCAGGCGAUUCCCGGAAUUCAAUUGCUCUCAGAACAAAAAUCAGACGCCUAUAUGAUAUCGCCAAUGUCCUUUCCACCAUCAAUCUGAUUGAGAAGACUAAUAGUCCUGGGCAUAGGAAAACAGCAUAUAGGUGGUUGGGAUGGAAAGCCAUUACAGGAUCUGAUGAUGCUUUGGAUAAGAAUGCUUCCAAGAAAAGAGUGUUUGGAGCUGAAAUUACGAAUUGUAGUUUAAAGAGGAAUAAAGCAGAUUCUUUAAUGGAUCCGGAUUUUCAAAAGAAAAGGUCAUACGUUUAUAAUAAGGCACAUGACUUGGAAAACACUUACAAUGAUGGAAUCUUGAAGCAGCAACCCAGUGGCUAUUCAAAAGCCGUAGAUUUUGGUCCUUUUGCCCCCAACAAAUUUUAAGAGAAGAUCCAGAGCAUAGGAAUGAGACUCAUGACUUGACAAUGAGCUCCGAAUGAUUUCCUGAUCAUCAUAAAACAGGUGAUUUCUAAAUAUCACCCUAUCAGUGGGAAGGAUUCACCUUUUCACAGUGCACAGUUAGAUGGUCAAAUGAAUUUAGUUGAUCUACCUAUGUGCUCCACAAAUUAUUAAA